AUGGCGGACGCUAUAACCGAAGCCGCUGCCAAGCUGCAGCUGGACGAGGAGACCGGGGAGAUGGUGUCCAAGAACGAGCUGAAAAAGCGUUUGGCGAAGAGGGCCAAGAAGGCAGCAUCCGCCGCUCGAGCGAAGAACCAACCCCCCGCCACUGGCGCUGACGGCGAAAAGGCCGCCCCCAAGCCUGCGAAAGCGAAGACAGAGGGACCCCAACUUGACCCCGAGGCCAUGUUCAAGCAGGGUUUCCUUGCCCAGGUCUACAAAGAACGCCCGACCAAGGAGGUCCUCACGCGUUUCCCCCCCGAACCUAAUGGCUUCCUGCACUUGGGACAUGCCAAGGCCAUUGCGAUCAACUUUGGCUUCGCCAAAUAUCACGGUGGUAAAACUAUCCUGAGGUUCGACGAUACAAACCCCGACAAGGAGAAACAUGAAUAUUUCGUGGCCAUUGAGGAGACUAUUCGCUGGCUGGGUUUCAAGCCCGAUGCUAUCACAUACUCCAGCGACAACUUCCAACAGCUGUACGACCUAGCGGAGAAACUCAUCGAAUUGGAAAAGGCCUAUGUCUGCCACUGCAAAGAAGCCGAAAUCAAACUCCAAAGAGGCGGAAAAGACGGCAAGGAGGGCCCCAGGUACCGAUGCGCCCAUGCCGACCAGGACGUCGAAACGAACCUUGCCAAGUUCCGCGACAUGCGCGACGGCAAAUACGAGCCCCAGGCCGCCUUCCUUCGCAUGAGGCAGGAUCUCGAAAACGGGAACCCGCAGAUGUGGGAUCUUGCGGCGUAUCGCAUUCCGAAGGAUCAGACGCCUCAUUAUCGGACCGGGGAUAAGUGGAGGAUCUACCCGACGUAUGAUUUCGCGCAUUGUUUGUGUGAUAGCUUCGAGGGGAUCACUCACAGUCUGUGCACUACUGAGUUUAUUCUCUCUCGUGAGAGCUACGAGUGGCUGAACAAAACACUCGGUGUUUACGAACCAAUGCAGAGGGAAUAUGGCCGUCUGAAUAUCAGCGGCACAAUCAUGAGCAAGAGGUCUCUUAACCGGCUAGUCGACGAAAAGAUCGUCAGAGGAUGGGAUGACCCUCGCCUCUACACCCUAUCCGGACUCCGCCGGAGAGGCGUGCCCCCGGGCGCCAUCCUGUCCUUCAUCAACGAACUGGGCGUCACCACAGCCAAAACCACCAUUCAAAUUCCCCGAUUCGAACAAUCCGUCCGCCAGUACCUCGAAAUGUCCGUCCCCAGACUAAUGCUCCUCCUGGACCCCGUCCCCAUCGUGAUAGAGGACCUGGGCGACCUCGAGGGCCAGGAACUUGACAUCCCCUUCUCCCCUAAGAACCCCAAGAUGGGCAGUCACAAGCUGCGCCUAACCAAGACCGUCUACAUCGACCGCUCCGACUUCCGCGAGGUCGACUCCCCCGAUUACUUUCGCCUCGCUCCCGGCAAAACAGUCGGUCUCUUGCAGAUCCCCUACCCCGUCAAGGCCACCACAUUCACAAAGGACCCGACCACGGGCAACGUUACGGAGAUCCGUGCCGUCCUCGACAAGGAGGGCAAGAAGCCCAAGACGUACAUCCAGUGGGUCCCCGAGGGCUCGCGCAAGCUCGAAGUCCGCAUCCACAAGCCCCUCUUCAAGUCGGAUGAUCCUACCGCCGUCGAGGGAGGUUUCAUGGCCGAUAUCGAUCGCGAUAGCGAGACGGUUUAUCCCGGAGCGCUCGUCGAGGCUGGGUUCGAGGAGGUGAGGAGGCGGGCGCCGUGGCCUGAGGCCGCUGGGGAGAGCACGGGGCACGUUGGACCGGAAAGCGUUCGGUUCCAGGCCAUGAGAGUCGCCUACUUCGCCAUGGACUCGGAUAGUACCGAAGACCACGUUAUCCUCAACAGCAUCGUGUCGCUGAAGGAAGAUUCCGGUAAAAAGAAGAACUAA